UUAAAUCGGAUGACUGGCUUUACCAAUAAUUUUCAAUUUUUUAGCUUUGAAAAGUUCGUAUGUUGCCUUGGCAGUAUGAUUAAUAAUAAUUUUGAAAAGUUGCCUUAGUGUGACUUGCUACAUUUUGUGUCGAUGAUGCGGCUUGCAGAGAAAUUCACAAAAGCGAGUACUUGUGUACUCACGUGUAUAUAAUAACUAUGAUACAAACGAUAGUGCACCAUGCGACAGCAUAAAUGGGAGAUGUAUUUCGGCCGUUGUAUUUAUUUUACACGUUCUGGAUUUAUCAUAGGGUGGAAAAGGCGAUCCAUGACCCUCGUGAGAAUGGAGAACUACACUUCCCUUGACUCGCAUCUACAAGUCAUGAUCCAGCACACUAUAUAUAGAUGUUUAUGUACACAUAUGAACAAAUCCAUGUAACCGAAUGGUCAUUAUUAAUGUGUCGCACGGAAAUGGAAAUGACAACCACUGGGCCUGAGUUUUUCGGAAAUCUAGGGCUCUGGACGGGCCGGACGGAGCUGCACCAUGUAGCGUCGCUCGGGAACGCGCUGCAGCUGGAGCGGCUGAUCGAUGGCGGCGCCUCCGUCAACGCUGUCACUGCGGACAAUAUCACACCACUCCACGACGCCUGUGCAGAAGCACAACCCCAGUGUGCGAAGCUUCUCCUUGCUGCAGGAGCGCAGGUAGACAUCAGGACCAUCCACGGCAGCACGCCGCUGUGCAAUGCCUGUGCUGCCGGCAGCCUUGAGUGCGCAAAACUUCUUCUGGAGCAUGGAGCCUCCGUUAACCCAUCUCUCACCGCCCUGACGGCCUCACCGCUCCACGAGGCAUGCAUACGUGGCGACCCAGACUGCGCCCAGCUCAUGAUCGCAGAAGGUGCCCAUCUGGAGGCUUUUGACAUCUAUUUCGGGACACCGUUGCAUGCGGCGUGUGCCAGAGGAAAUGUGGACUGUGCCAGAGUGCUGCUCAACACAGGUGCCCGUGUGAACGCUGCCAGCUUCCACGAGACGGCACUCCACUACGCAGCUAAAGUGGGGAACGUGGAUCUAAUCCAGAUGCUGGUGGAGUUCGGAGGGAACGUGUACGCCCAGGACAACCUGGGCAAAAAGCCCAUCGACUACACCGGGCCCGGGUCCCCCACAGCCGCCUGCCUGGAGUUUUAUGAAAGCAACCCACUGAGUCUGCAGCAGAUGAGCAGAGCCUGUUUGAGGAUGGCACUGGGUACGAGGGCCCAGGCGGCUGCGUCCAGACUCCAGCUGUCACAGCGUAUCAUUGACUACCUGUGCUACAGAUGAACAACUGUCUGGAAGUGCAACCCAUGGAUUAAAUUACCUGCAAACCCACACCAGAUCACUGCCUCGGUGGACAGCAAAGCCUAAAAACUGUCCACCUCAAAAAGACCGAAGCAGUUAAUUUUUCUAACUUCCGAUCUUGCUUUUUCUUAUCAUUUGAUCUUUUUGCAGGGACUAUAUGCUCUUAUACUCAUUAGUUUUCCCGUACAGAAUAUCAUUGAACUAUAUAAAGAGGUGGCCACGUAUUAAGUGUAAACUACAACUCCCAUAAAUAUUAUCGAGGCGAGCGCGCUCCUGUGUGUCAAAACAAGGACGAUCUCCUAGUGCGCUGCCUCGGUAAUCCCAUACAGUACACUGUGUACUUUAGUUUUUCUCUUCUCUGCGUCUCGUUGUGUUGUUUAUUAUGACUUACUGUGAAUGAAUGCCGUAAAAAUG